AGUGACCAUAAUCUUGUGUGUAGAAACACGGAAAACCGUGGAGAAGCACGGAAAACCGUGGAUAACUAGACGUCAACCUUACCUACCAUAGCCGGUCAACCCGAUUCCUCUGGUGAGCCAUAAUUACCGGUACCUCCGGUUAGCUGCAUCUCUUAACCAAGAAAUUAUUAUAAGAAUUCAUUCUCUGCGCACUUCGAGACAGUUUCAAGUUUCAACCUCAUCGGAGCGUCGUCGUUGUCAUCCCCGAUAGCCCCUUUUGUGGUAGAUCUCGUCCGAUUAGGGUUCCGUGGGAAAUAAGAACCUGAGGAUGGCAAAUAUUGAGGAGGGAGAGGAACAUACUUCACGUGGGAAUGAAUGGGAAGUUGUGUCACUUACAGCAUCAACAUAUGCUGCUGCUCCUAGCCCAAACGAAGUUGAAAAGGAUGGUGACAAUGGUAAUACUUAUCGAGAGGAUGGUGCAGUGGAAACAUCUCGUGCUUUGUUCAUGUCUGGCCACUUUGUCUUUCCACCCAAUGAACAUGAAAAUUUGCCAUUGGAAACUGACGACAGUGAGAUUCAUAACAAACAAGGAGGUAAGGACGUGGUAUCUGAAUUUGAUGCGGAAGAAGCUGGUAGAUCUAGUGGAAAGGAUGAAGAAAAUUGGACCUUUAAAGGGUUAACUGUACCAGACGAAUUCCCAGGAAUACAGUUUUUUGAUGAGAAGGGUAGUACGUUAUCCAUCCAUGGUAAAGAGUUUCAGGAAGGCACUACUCUCCAAGGAUUAAAUUUGGUUGAAAAAGAGCAAAGUAUAUAUAGUGCUGCAGCAUACGAUUCUUUACACAGUGAAACAGCUCUUGGUGGUUCAACCACAUAUGGAGAGAACAUGGCUGUUCCUGGACUAAAUGAGCAAGGCUUAGAUUUUUCUCCAGAUAUCUCAUUAUCCCCAACACUUGCCAAAGAUGAUAAACAUGAUGGGUCUGACCUUCCUUGUGGAGCUUGGUGGAAGAGAAGAGCUGCUUCCUUAUAUGCUCAUGCAAAAGAAGCAAAUACGUUUUGGUCUAUUUUCAUUGCCGCAGCUGUCAUGGGUCUUGUAUUGCUUGGGCAGCGAUGGCAGCAGGAAAGGUGGCAAGCUCUGCAACUUAAGUGGCAGAUCAGCAUCAAUCAUGAGAGGACGGGCAGAAUGCUGGGUCCCAUAUCUCGACUUAAAGACGUGAUUGUUGGCGGCCACCGACGCGGUUCCGUUAUCAGGGGCAGCUCCUUAAGUGAGAGUUAAGAUGAUGGCGAAAAAUGCUAGAGAGAGAGAGAGAGAGAGAGAGGUUGGAGUUGUGAAAUGUUAGUUUGUUGUUGUGUGGUUCCACCUAUUUUUCUUUUGAGAAGCGACAUGGUAUAUAUGUAAGUUUGAUAUUGUUGUGUAUUUUCUUAAGUUGAUUUGUAUAGCUUUGGGGCGUCAAUACCUCUUCUCAAAAAUUGCGCUGCCGCUACUUAUGAGGGAUAAAGGUAUAAAACAGGACUGCCAGUGUGCUUAA